AUGCGGUUCAGAAAUAGUAUUCAUUCCAUUCAAUAUGCAAUGUUUUGUUAUAUCGUCUAUAACAAUAUUGCAAAUGUUCAAGCAUUGAUGGGACACAAGAUCAGAGAAGCAAAAGAAAAUGAAUUUCCAUUUAUUGUAGCAAUUAUAAGGCGUAAUCGAGAUGUCAUGCCAUGCAGAGAUAUAAUAUGCACAGCAUCACUGAUCUCGAAUAAAGAUAUUUUAACUGCUGAGCAUUGCAUGCACGAUGAAGUGGCAAAUGGCGUUGGACUAAUCAUUGGAUCGAUUGAUUUAAAUUCCGUUAAGAAAUAUUACGCUGCUUGGUGGAUAUCAUAUGAUCAGUGGGAGGAAGUUAAUUUAGCCUCGAAAUUAAUCUUUGCCGAAAAUGAUAUUUUAUUAUUAAGGGUAAAUUACCACCAGUAG